AUGCAUCCCCUCAACCCCUACCUAGCCAAAAAGCCCGACUUUGCCCACCUCGCCUCCCUACACCCGUCUUUCAAGCCAUAUGUAACAGUAUCGCCUGAUGGAUACGCGUCUAUCGACUUCCAGGACCCAACGGCGCUCCGGGCGCUGACGCGCGCGCUGUUGAAGGAGGACUGGGGGUAUGAUGUUGAGCUAAGGGAAGAUAGGCUGUGUCCUACGCUGACGUCAUACAGGUUGGAUUAUCUAUACCAUAUCCUCGAUAUCGAGCCGUACCUCUCCUCUUCCGACGCGUCGUCCCCAGAAAGUUCAGCGAGUGGCUCGAGACCUCUCAGAGUGCUAGAUAUUGGGACAGGCCAUAUAGCUAUAUACCCCCUACUAUUGCGGCACCUCCGCCCGACAGCCAGAAUCAUAGCGACGGAGCUGGAUGCCGUCUCCUUCCAUCAUGCAGUCAAGACCCGCCUCUACAACGAAAUCCUUCCCGCCUCUAUUUCUAUCCUCCGACCGUCACCUGACCAACCAAUCCUCUUCCCCAUCUUUGACGGCCUCGCCAAUUCCUAUUCUACGUCUAGAGAGGCCGGCGAAGGCGACUCCUCGAGUAAGGAGGCGGACAAGUGGGACUUUGUCAUCUGCAACCCUCCCUUCUUUGGGUCGGAAGAUGAGAUGCGCGAAGGGAGAGAAGCGAAGCAGAAGGGCGCUCCGGCUGCUCCGACAGCUUCAGAUAACGAGCUCAUCACUCCCGGCGGAGAGGUACAGUUCGUAGGUCAGAUGAUACGCGAGAGUCUUCAAUUGCGGGAGGCAUGCCAGUGGUAUACCAGCCUCAUUGGGAAAUACAGCUCGCUCAUGACGCUCGUUGAGCAGCUCAAGGGCGCCAAGAUCGACAAUUACUUUAUCCACUCGAUCAAGCAGUCACGUACGACCCGAUGGAUCCUAGGGUGGAGUUUUGGCUCGAUCCGACUUCCCGACAGCAUCACCCGCGUCGACCUUAUCCCCGGGACGUCCUUCGCUAAGCUCCUCGCCCCGCCCAAUAGCUUUGGACUUACACCCGAGCCUCCCCUUUCUACCGAGAUCCUCCGAGAUCGGAUCGAAGGCAUUCUUCGGGACGUCCAGCUCUUCCCUCCCAUCCCGUCCUCUACCGCCUGCGCUCAAUCAGCCGCGGAGACUGAGGACACACCCUCAACCGGCGCACAAUCGACAGCAGCGGACAACGCAAACGUCAUUGCCAUUGCACCAAUCAGCAAUACUUGGUCUCGAGCCGCUCGGCGUCAAGCGGCCCGUGGAGGCGGGAGUGGGUCUGCUGCUCCUUCCCAGCCAUCAGGAUCGGGGGCAAGCGCGCAGCCCCUCUUCCGAGCUACUAUCCACUUUUUGGACGUUCGGGCUUUACCACCUCCCAAGCCUGCCGUGGAGUUGCGCUGGCUGGAAGGCAGAGAUCGGAGCGUCGUAGAGGGAUUAUGGAAGUUUAUACUCACCAAAGCGGGGUUGGUGGGUGGUACCAGUAAGGGGGCUUCGUGA